AUGUUUGUGCGUAACAUGAACGGGGAGCUGUCCUCGACGUGGCGCCACGGCGGUGCGGAGGCGAACACGAUGGGUGUCAACGUCGCUACCUUCGGCGCGACGGGCAUCCUUGGUCACCACAUCCACGCGGUGAACUGUUAUCAUGGCUACACCAGCAUCCUCCCCUUCCGCUUCCGUGCUGGUAUGCCGAGCAGUGUGCGCCAGAUGCGUUCGAGUGGUGACGGUACGGUUGGGCAGAACUUCGACACGGAUUAUGAAAUCGACAAAGAGUUUGUCGUCAAAGCGAUCUUGGAAAAGGUGGACAACGUCAUCAACGUUGUUGGAGCGUGGCAGGAGCCGGCGUGCUACGAGAAUAGUCAGUCGUGGUUUUCGAUGGAGGCGAUCAACGUUGAGUGGCCGCGUAUGCUCGCUAGGUGGUGCCGCGAAAUGGGUAUUCUCAAACUCACCCACAUGUCUAUGGUCGGCGCGGAUUUAGAUAGCCCAUCAAAGCUGCUGCGGCAGAAACGCGAGGCUGAGAUCGCCGUGCUUGAGGAGUUCCCAACGGCCACGAUCAUUCGCGGCACGGAUAUCUUUGCCGAGAACGACUUCUCCUACUCCAAAUACCUGAAAGCACAACGUUACAUGAAGAUCGUGCCCGUCCCGAACCAUGGCCAGCGCAUCCACCAACCGGUGUUUGCCGGCGACCUUGCCGAGGCCGCUGCCCGCUCUCUGCUCCUUGAUCACACGGAGGGUCGCAUUGCUGAGCUCGGCGGCCCGGUGCGCUUCACCACGAAUGACUUGCUGCGUUGGUGCUCCGAGUGCAACAACCAGCGCCACCUGACAGUGCACCUGCCGAAGAUUGUCUUCGACAUUGCGUGCCACAUCAACGAGCGCUACCCAAUACACCAGGGUAUCCUGCUAGGCACGAAGGCGCCGGCCUGGAACAAGGACUGGGUGGAGCGCCAGUUUAUCGACAACUGCGCUAUGCCAGAGCGCGACCCGGAUUUGCUGGACUGGGAGGACUUUGGCAUCCCACGAGAGGACUUGUAUCGUAUGGAGGAGAAGUACUUCAUCACAUCGGUGAUGUGGUCCAAGAGUUCGCCGUACCUGGACUACGCCAACCGCAUGUGA